AUGGCUCGCACCAUGCUUCAUCGCCUCGAAGACCUCUGCAACGUCGACGUCGACGAUGCCGACACGGCACUCAUCAAGAGCAUCCCCUUUACACCUCACAACCAAACCUCCAACCAGGCCAUCAUCACAAAUGCACUUCUUGCCGACCAAGCUCUUCUAAAAGACCUCGUUCGCCAAUACGGCUCUCAAGGCUGGGAGCGAGUCUACGACCAAGCCGCCGUCGAUCUCACAGCCCGCAACGUCCCCUUCCUCUCUGGCCGCGUCCUCAUCCAGACGUCCCUCCGCCACAUCUCCUCCUCCGCCGCCACCAUCGCCCACGCCCGCACCCUCGCCAGCCUCUACGCCAACGCCGGCGUCUCGCGCGACCGCUUCGCCAUCAAGCUGCCCUUCUCAGGGGCUGCUGCCGCCGCCGCGCGCGUCCUUAACGCAGAAGGCAUCCGGACGCUGGCCACGAGCGUCUUUUCGCUGGAGCAGGGCAUUGCGGCGAGUCAGAGCGGAUGUCUCUUCGUCAGCCCCUAUUAUAAUGAAAUCGCGGCACACUUGGAUGCAUCUCUUCGCCCAACUUACGAAGAUCCCGCUCUAGAGCACCCCAUGUCUCCUCGCAUCAUCCACAUCCUCGAAGCCUUUGCCAAAGCAUACCGCGAAACCGGUAAAGAGCAGCCCAUCAUGGUCAUCGCAAGCCACUUCACCCCCGGCGAAAUCAUGGCCAUGGCCGAGCUCGGCUGCCCGCAUGUCACCGUCCCUCCGCACCUCAUCAAGACGCUGCUCGAAACCCCCGAUACCCUCCCCCUGCCUACGACGAAGAAGGCCAAGCUCAGCUAUGCCGAAUUCGCCACAACGCAGCGGCUCACGAAGCUAUCCACCAUCGACCCUCUUGCUGGCCCUGACUGGGAUGGCAAGCUGGCGGAUAUGCAGACCGAUUAUGUUGCAAACGGCGGCGAGAAGCUGGAUGAGGCGCUCAAGAGAGAUACUAUUGCGAGCAAAAGGUUGAGAGAUGCCGAGGUAUUCUUCAUUGAGAUGGAGAAUAAAGCCAAAGAUGCCAUUGAAAAGGAGAUUGCUGCACAAGGAUUGUAA